AUGGACUGUGUUUUUAUUCUUACUGCUGUGGUUGCCUCGGCAGUGGCACUCUUGGUGCUGUAUGCUGUCGUUUCCUUGGUGAUCAUUCUGGUGUACCGCUCGGAUGUGCCCACAGCCCUCACGCCUUUGCUUAGUACUACCGGUACUAAAAAGAGCCCCUUUGACGAUGGAUCUGUGGUGUGGAUCACCGGUGCUGGAUCCGGUCUCGGAGAACGCAUCGCUUACAUUUUGGCCCAAACAUCGGACAAUGUCAAGAUCAUCCUCUCUUCUCGGAAAGAGGAACACUUGGAGAAGGUGGCAGAAGAGUGUCGGCGUAUUCACAAAAAGAGACUCGAAAACAGCUUCCAAAAAACAGUAUCCUCUGAUGAACUACAUGUAUUUCAAGUCAAAGUUCUGCCCUUGGACCUGAGCAAUCUCGAAUCCAUUCCCGACAAGGUGAAACAAGCCAAAGAGCUGUUUGGUUCUUCUCAAACCAAAAUUGACGUCCUCAUCAACGCGGCAGGUGUCACUACCAGAACCUAUUGCUCCGAUUCCAGUUUCGAAUUGGACCACUAUGUGGCCAAGGUCAACUAUUUGGGACCCGUCUGCUUGAUCAAACAACUCUUUCCCAAUCUACCUGGCACCAUUAUUCAACUUGGGUCCAUUGCCAGCAAACUGGGCGCGCCCGUUCGAUCCGCCUACAGUGGCAGUAAAUUUGCCUUGCACGGAUGGUUGGAAGCCUUGGGUGUCGAAUCCGUGUUGCAAGGACGUGACAUUUACAUUUUGAACUGCGUUUUGGGGUCUAUUGACACUGGACUAGGAUCCAGGGCACUGAUCAACGUACAAUCUGGGAAAAUCGAAACGCUGCAACAAGAAGAUGAUAAUAUUGCCGAUGGACUCGACCCCGAAGUGGUGGCGGAACGCAUCCUGGCCGUGGCACGCCAAAAGAAACGCUACGAAACUUGGAUGGCCAUCCCCAAGGAAUUGUUCAUUCUCUACUUUGCCACGUACAUGCGUCAUACGGCAUUCUUGGUGUUGACCAAAACGCUGGCACGACAAUAUGCCGUGACCGAGGAUGACAAGAAGAAAGAGGGAUGA